AUCAUGUAAAAUCAUAUAUAUACCAUACAUCAUUACAUCCCACCUCAUAAUGCAAACUAUAUAUAUAAAGUCCUACCUAAACCUUAUUAAAAAAAUAUCUAAGGGUGUUGUAUGUAUUUUUUUGUUAUUAUUUUUUUGUCAUAACAUGGUCUAUAAUGUUUUUAAGUAACCACCGACAAAAUAUAUUCGUAUAUAACAAGUCGCAAGUGCACCCAAUGACAUUGCAUGGCUAACCGUCGAAGCCGGAACUCGGCUCCUUUAGAUGACAACAACUCUUCUCCUACUGUCGGCAGCUCAUCAACCCGCCACCCGGUUUACCACGGCAUCCGGUGCCGAGCGGGUAAAUGGGUGUCCGAAAUUCGAGAGCCAAACAAGACUAGCCGAAUAUGGCUUGGCACGUAUCCCACGCCGGAUAUGGCAGCUGCCGCGUAUGACGCGGCAGCAUUGGCACUCAAAGGGAAGUACGCGGUACUAAAUUUUCCUGACUCGGAUUAUUACAGUACGCUCCCUGAGUGCCGCACUGCGGAUGAGAUCCGUGCGGCCGCUGCUGGAGCUGCGGCCGCACGGGCUCGGGUUAAUGAAAGUGGCGGCGGAAGCACGGCGGCAGCGGGGGGUAGUAGAGAGGUUUCGGGUAAUGAAACAGUAUAUGGUAGAGGAUUUUUGUUGCCUGAUAUGAAUGAGGAAUCCGGCACGGGAGACGAGUGAGUAACUUCGUUUUAUCUUUAAUGGUUUCUAGUCAAUUUUUGAAACUUGUUUUAUUUCUAGGUGAUCUGCUGGUUGAACUAGUUUAAGUGAAUAUGUUAACGAGGAUCUGUUACUCUGAUAGGCUAGUUCAACUAGCAGAUCCUCGUAAACAAUAUUCACAUCUGCUAGUUUAACCAGCGGAUCACAUAGAAUCAAAACAAGUUCUAGAGCUUCGACCGGCGAGGAGAAGCUAAGGUCUUUUUCCUCCAAAUUAUUCCGUGAAUUAUAAGUAUAAAAAGAAGUGUAAAGUUGGUGGUGUUUGGUAGGUAAAUGUAACGCACAAGUUGUAUGAAAGAUUGAUAUGCUCGUUUUGUAAGUGUGCUACCUACAAGUAAACUGGUAAUAAGUUGUUAUCUUUGUGCAAGUGGUUUGAUCCAUUUUUACUUC